UGGCAGUCUGUUCUGUGCGGUCGGGAGGAGUGCACGCUCGCCGAAGGCGCCUUCGUUGCUGAGUAAUCAUUGGGGUUACUUAGUUGUCACGAGCGGGUAGCUGAGAAUGAACGUUACGUCUUUGUCACAGCACAUGGAUCAAAGUUGAUCUUCGUGACAAAAGCUUAACUAAGAAUUAAUAAUUGAAAAUAAAAAGAGGAAAUUAACUAGACUUUGCUAAUCAAAAAUCAUUAAAUUCAUCAAACGGGAGAGACAAAUAAACAUAGAAAAUACAACCAGGGUAUGUGCGUCUGCCUUUGAAGCUAGCGCCAGAAAAAGCCCGGGAUUAGUAUUGACUAGGAGAGGUUCGCUUGGAAUAUAAUGUCCAUGUUGGUGCGACGCGGAACAAUGUGUCACCGCACCUCCACCCGCCGCCUCCAGCGCCGGAACAGAGAUCAGCUGACGGCCAAGAUCCACCUGCAAGGUCGCCAUCUGGACGUCAGGUCUCACGCCUCUACCAUAGGGGCGGAGUUAGCGACCGCGGGGACAAGUAGACCGUCUACUUUAACGGGACCUGUGGCUUCCACGAGUAAAGGUAGUGCGGAUGGGAAGACAGCCGGCGUGACUGGCACCAAAUGCGGGAAUUAUAACGUCACACAUAAUCAGAGUUCGGACUCGCCAUCGCGGGCGUCAUCGCACCUAUAUGGCACUGAGUCACUGGACGACCGCAGGCAGCUGUUCUCGGCGGGGAAGCUCAACAUCGAGUCCGGGAUGUCGACGUACGGGUCCAUCGCCUACCAGAUGCGGGACGCCAACAUGGACUCCAACAACACGUGCGAGUUCGUGUAUAAGGCUCUCAAGAUAAUAUGCAAGACAGGUGUGCAGUACAUCCGCGAGUGUCCUUUGGAGCCGCACAUCCCGAUCUAUCUGCUGGUGGGAGGCUGCUUCGGUACCCUCAAGAUCCUGUGGCUCCUGUGCCAGCAGGUGCGAUCCCGUCGCUACGAGCGUAUCGACGAUGCCUUCGCUGAGGACGGUCUAGAAGAGAUCUUCACGUCGACGAGCUACAGGGCGACGGACGUGGCCCUCACUAUCUUCCUGCUCAUCUGGUUCGGAAUGGGCAACUACUGGGUCUACAGGAUCUACCUUCCCAAUUUCCAAAACCAUCUCUAUGAGCCCAAUAAUUGGUGUUCGAAGACGCUGUACCUGUUCGCGGUGGCGCAGCUGCUUUUCGUGUAUGCCAUCAUCGCCUUCACGUUCCUGCUGGUGAUCUGCCUCGCUUGCGGCCAGAAAUGCUACACCUUAUUCGGCGACACGUACAAGUGAGUGCGGGUCCCCAAAACCACAAGGACGCCGCGCACGGGGGGCUCGGCCUGGGACGCGAAGAAGAGAGGAGACACGGCGGAGGAGGCUCACGGGAAGGAGCAGGAGAGGCGCGGCGCCACGGACGAGGAGCGCGAGGGAAGCGAGGUCCGGCAGAAGGCGAGAGAGGAGGAGGAUCGCGCGGUGAAACCGAGUGUGUUGUUCACGGACGAAAAUAAUGCACAGAUUCCGGACGGGUCGUCGACGAGACAUUUGCAACUACGACCCAGAAAAGUAGUCAUAGUAGUCUGAGGUUAGAUAGCACACUUCAUGCUGCAAUGUGCUUUGGGUCAGUAAUGAACCACUCAGUAGUAAUACUAAAAGGACCCUUCAGUGUUAGAUCCCGCAAGAAUAAACUUACCUAAAUAGCUGCGCCGUGUCAGUUAUGUGACAUUAGUUUAAGUAUUGUAAAGUAGGACUUCCUUGAUAACGUUUAUAGGUGAAUAUGUAGAUGAAACACAUGUUUACAUAAAUAUAUGUGUUCAUAAUAUAUUACAAUAGAGGAACGUUAAUGAAUUA